UGGACAAGCCUGGAAGCCAACCCUUUUAAUUUUCCCUAUAAUUGAAGUCACUUCUAUGAAAGGCAUGGCCUAAUUAAUACGAACCAAAAUUAAUAUUUUCCCCUCACAUGAAAAAAAAUAUUUUUCUAAAGAAAUCUGAUAGAAAUAUGGCGAAAUCAUUAUAAAACUGAGGGGAGAUUGGGCUAAUCAAAUUUCUAAUGAAAAAAAAAAAAAAGAAAAAAGAAAAAAAGAAAGAAAAGUGCGGUCAAAGUUUGUUCCUGAUCAAAACCAAGAAUUGGGAUGACACUUUCUACACUUGACAAGGCCUAUUAUACUAAUAUUUCUUCUCGAUUCAUAUUUUGUAUAAACAGUGUCCUUGAAUGGGAACACAACAAUAUACCCUCUCUUGACGCUCUUUCUUUUUUCACUUUCUUCUCUUGCCUUUCCUCAAAAUUAUUUAUCCAUCUAUCUCCAAAGUUCACCAUAUAUAUAUAUAUAUGCACACACACACAACUUGAAAAGAGGCAAGAACGAUUUGGGCAACAAGUUAUGAGUAGUGGAGUAGUGGAGAAGGCUCUAAGUAGCCUCGGCAAAGGAUUUGAUUUAACAUCAGAUUUUAGACUUAAGUAUUGCAAAGGCAAAGAAAGAUUAGUUUUGCUUAAUGAAGCUGAGAAGAGAGAGCUUAUGGUUCCUGGCUUUGGAGCUGUUAAAGAUGUCUCCGUUGAUAUUAAGUGUGAUAAAGGGGAUCGCGUUCGAUAUCAAUCUGAUAUUCUCGAGUUCCAACAGAUGUCUGAGUUCUUCAAUAAGAACUCAUCGGUGCCUGGGAAAAUUCCAUCAGGGUUUUUUAAUGCAAUGUUUGGAUUUGAAGGUGGUAGCUGGGCAGCCGAUGCAGCUGAGACCAAAUAUUUGGGUGUUGAUGGCUACUUUAUUGUUCUCUUUGAUGUUCAUAUUGAUCGGUAUCCUCUUGUUCUCUCGGAUGAAGUAUUAAAUGCAGUUCCUACCACUUGGGAUCCUUCUGGCCUCGCAAGGUUCAUUGAAAAAUAUGGAACUCAUAUCAUUGUGGGGUUGAGUGUUGGAGGAGAAGACGUGGUCCUGGUCAGGCAAAACUUAUCUUCCAAUUUGGAUCCAUCUGAGCUCAAGAAACACCUGGAUGAUCUUGGAGAUCAAUUAUUCACAGGGACUUGCAAUUACUCCCCUAAAUCAAAAUCAGAUCAGAAGCAUAAGGCACCGCAGGCAUUUAAUGUCUUUGAUCCCCAACCUGUUACCUUCAAUAGCUUCUCAUCUGUCACGGCAAAAGAUGGAAUCACUGUUAUGUGUCAAAAGAAGGGUGGAGAUAUUUCAGCUAGUAGUCACUAUGAGUGGCUUCCAACAGUCCCAUCAAUGCCAGAUGCAAUUCAUUAUAACUUCAUACCUAUUACUUCUCUCCUUAGGGGUGUUCCUGGCAGAGGUUUCCUGUCACAUGCUAUCAACCUUUACCUUCGAUAUAAGCCUCCUAUGUCAGAUUUACGAUACUUUCUUGAUUUCCAGUCUCACAAGAGUUGGGCUCCGAUUCACAAUGAUCUUCCACUAGGUCCGACCACAAAUAUGGCAAGUACUUCGCCAGCUCUCCGCUUCAACUUGAUGGGUCCUAAAUUAUAUGUAAACACUACGCAGGUUAUGGUUGGAAAGAGGCCUGUAACUGGAAUGAGAUUCUACCUUGAAGGCAUGAAGGGCAACAGGUUAGCAAUACACCUCCAACAUCUAUCAAACACGCCAACAAUGCUUGAAAACAUGAUAGACGAGACAAAUUUUUGGCGAGGAUCAGAAGAAACUAAUGACGUUGGAUUCAUUGAAGCAAUAUCACGAAAACAGUUUUCUCAUAUAUGUACGGCACCAGUGAAAUACAACCCCAGAUGGACAACAAGAAAAGAUGUGACCUACAUCGUAACAGGAGCUCAGCUUCACAUCAAGAAACACGACACGAAGAAUGUACUCCAUCUUCGACUAUUGUACUCCAAGGUCUCAAACUCAUUACUAGUGAAAUCACGCUGGGAUCAGGUCUCCUCUGAAUAUUCUCAGAAGUCAUCAGGCCUACUCUCUACCCUGAGCACGUCGAUAUCAGGUGCGAAUCCCGCAAAAGAGAAACCAUCGCAGGCAGUUGUUGUGGAUUCUAGCGUGUUUCCGUCAGGACCGCCAGUACAAACACAGAAGCUUUUGAAGUUUGUUGACAUUUCGCAACUCUGUAGGGGGCCACAGAAUAGUCCGGGACACUGGCUAGUAACUGGAGCUAAGUUGGACAUGGAAAGAGGGAAAAUAUGCCUGCAGGUUAAGUUCUCCUUGUUGAAUAUCUGCUCAUCCUGAAAAGGCGAUCGGAAAUUUGGAAGGAAUGCUAGACAGAAAAUUUCUCUUCAAGUUCUAUAUCAACUCUUUACAUACAUAUAUAUAUAUAUAUAUAUAUAUAUAUAGGGUUAAAUUCUCAACGCCACACAUAGAAUUGUGUAAAUAUAGGCUUGCUAGCUAGCUAGUGGCUCUGAGAGUAAUGAAAACAUUAUUUUGUUCAUUGAAAAGUGUAUAGGAAACUUCAGUAUAAGUUUUGGUCGGCUAAUUAGUUGAGAAAACCUAGUUCCAGAGAUUUAAUUAGUAUUGAAGUAUAUGAACUCCAUUUUCGACUACCA